GUCUCUUCAUAGUCUGAUUACAAGGAGCAUGAGCGAGGUUGGUGUUGCGCCACCGGAGGACAUGUCCAAGCCGACCAUCUUUGACAAGAUCAUCUCUGGUGAUAUUCCGGCAAAUGUGCUGUUUGAGGACGAUCAGUGCAUGGCGUUCUCGGACGUCAACCCGCAGGCACCGACCCACUUUCUGGUCAUCCCCAAGCGCCGCAUCUCGCAGCUGUCCAAGGCCGAGGAGGACGACAAGGCACUGCUCGGACAUUUGAUGUACACCGCGCAGGCUGUGGCUCGCGAGCAGGGCAUCGCUGAUGACGGCUUCCGUGUCGUCAUCAACGACGGCCCGAACGGCUGCCAGUCGGUCUACCACAUCCACCUGCACGUCAUCGGCGGCAAGCAGCUCUCGUGGCCGCCUGGCUGCUGAUGGCCUAGUUGUCGACAAAUGCUUCGGUAAAGUCUUCACUCACACACACA